AUGAUGAAAUAUAAAAGUUCAUCAAAGUUUAUAAUUAAAAAUUUGGAAUUAUAUAAAAUAUAAAAAGCUUUAUAACAUUAUAUAAUAUAAUAUCACUUAACAAGAUAUUAUGACAGAAUUAAAGAAUAUGCAAAUAAAUAAACAAAGAUUUAAUAGAAUAGCAAUUAAAAUGAUUACAAAAAGUUCUUCUAACCUAAAUUAAACAUAGAUUACGAAGAAAACACCAAAAAAAAGAGAAACAAUCUUAAGAUAUAUUCUAAAGAUAUGAAAAUAUUUUAUUUAAGAGUUACAAUAAGAUGA